AUGGCUUCAAUGAACAUGGGCAUGUUGCCCACCAUAAAAUGCUCUAAUUGUGGGCACAACGUCGAGAUCUCCUCGAUGGGGGAUCAUACUUGCAUUCGAAAUGAUUUUGCAGUCGCACCUACAACAAUUCCAUCACCGCCUCCAUCGGCAGGAGACGAAGGUUGGCCGGGGCCCUCCCCGGCCAUAGACCCCUCCGCUGCAAAUCGAGCAUUUUUGCAGCCAAAUAUGCCGACACCAGCUAACAGUGUCCAUCUAUCACCUCUCCCGGUCAGUCCAGCACCUCCGUCCAUGGUGCGCCCGUCUCAGCACAGUCUGAAUGAUGAUUCGGUCUUCUCAUUCCCCAUGCCUGGAAACCGGUCACCGACUGAAGUGAGGACACCAAGUCCAAUGAUGGAUCGGACUGCGCUUAAAGCACUACCACCAAUCCCGCCGGGACAAGCGCUGAGUCCGACCCCAGAGAAUGUACGCCUUCCACCUAGUCCACUGCCACCUAAGUCCCCAGAUACGAAUCAUCACAGGGGGGAGUCGGCAGUGAGCAACAGCAGCUACCGGUCGUCUUUCGCCAGCAGUCGCUACGGCGAUUCCACAACGAGGUCAUCAACCAACAGCCUCUCGCGUGGUUUCCGGUCAUUUAUGGACGACACACCACCGGUGCCACUGGCACCUCUCCGCACUCCCAACAAUACUUCUUUCCCCCGUGAUUCCAACGUCUCGGUGGUUUCAUCCCGGAUUAGCAAGGAGGAAGCCAGCGGAUUCGACUUUGGUAUUCCCAAAGGCCAAAAUCAAACCACUGGACUACAAGAUCUGCCGGAGGAACCCCCUUCGACCCAGUUCCAGGAUCAUCCUGAAUAUACCGCUUUCAAUUCUGCACAAACCCACCUUCACCCUGCAACAGCAGCAACGGAGCCAGGUAGCGAUGCGCCGAGGAAAAGCUCCAACGCAAGUACGACAAGUGCAUUCUCCGUCACUAGCUUCGCCCGGGCUCUCGGUCUGGAGGACCAAAUGAAUCACUCUGAAACCUCUGGCUCUGAUUCAUCGCCUUCCGAUGCACGCAGUGGUAGUUCCAUGUCCAGUCUUCCUUCCGAUGUCAGCCUGAACCAGCACAAACCCACCGAUCCGCUCAACCUAGGACCCUUGGUUGAAGAACUGCCCGCGCGGACUCGACAGACGAUUGUAGAAGUACCCGGCCGUAUGCGGAGCACCAUGGAAGAUGUCCCUCCUAUCCCGGCUGCUUUCUUCAGCCCGGAUUCACCUACUGACCCUUCAAUCAACCAAGGUGGUGUGUCAUUGAUUUCAGAGAAGAAAGAAGUACCCCCGACUCCGACCACACAACAACCAAAACAGUCUAUCCCCCGAAAGCCCCCCCCACAACGAUCAUUUACAGCCCCCAUACCACAACCACAAACACCAGCAACACCAACCCGGUCCGCGACACGCUCGAAGGGGAAGUGCAAAGGUUGCAACGAGACAAUUACAGGGAAAUCGAUAUCAUCCUCGGACGGCCGUCUCACAGGUCGAUACCACCGUGGCUGUUUCGUUUGCUUUGAGUGCCACUCUCCCUUCCAAACAGUCGAUUUCUACGUCCUCAACAACAGACCCUUCUGCGCACAACACUACCACGAGCGCAACGGGUCCCUUUGCGCCGGCUGUCACACCGGAAUCGAGGGCCACUACUUGGAGACCGUCGAGCGGAACCCUGGGCGCUCAGAUCGUCGUCGAUUCCACACCCAAUGUUUGCAGUGUCGUACAUGUCACGUUCUUCUGAAGGGCGACUACUUCGAGUGGAAUGGCGAAGUCUUCUGUGAAAGAGAUGCUCGCCGAGCCGCUGCUGCAUACCACCCACCACCUCCUGGUCCUUCUGGUCGUCGCCGGCCAACUCUGCCCUCGUCUCCCUUGGCCCAGUCUGGCCACUUCCCACCGGGCUCGUACCCUCCCCCUGGCGGAAGACCUGGACCUGGACCUGGACCUGGACCAGGGCCUGGACUCCACCCCGGUGCUCGAUUCCCUCCUGGCGGUGGAGGACGGUUCCCCAAACGACGGACAACUAGGCUUAUGAUGAUUUGA